GCCGCAUAUCUCCCAGAAUCGAACUUCUUUGACUAAAUAUAAGAUCACUGCUUGUAUGUACACGCCGCGAGUUUUUAACUCCUUACGAGACUAUUAGAUAUGAAUUGACAAACCAUAUUGGCAGAUAUUUUGCCAAACGUGUAUCUUCGAUCCAUCUCGAUCUACGAUCACGUUACGAGCAAAGUAAGUCGGAAUGGAGUUCGGGGUGGGCAAUGUUGCCCAAAUAUCAGCAGAACUUGCUCAAGUGGUAGAAGUGAUGAUGUCACCAAAUGUUCCACAGCAGCAACGUUUAGAAGUAUAUAAUGCUUGUGAACGAUUUAAAGAAUCAUCUCCUCUCUGUGCACAAUGUGGAUUAUAUUUAGCACAAAAAGCUCCAAACAGAAGUCCUGUGGUUCGUCAUUUUGGGUUACAAUUAAUGGAACAUUGUAUUAAAUAUCGAUGGACACAAAUAUCACAGUCAGAAAAAAUAUUUAUAAAGGAGAAUGCAAUGAAACUACUUCAAGAAGGCACAGAACCAUUAUUACAAGAGGAAGCUCAUAUUAAAGAUGCACUUUCUCGUGUUGUAGUGGAAAUGAUAAAACGAGAGUGGCCACAACAAUGGCCUACACUGCUCGCAGAGCUUAGUCAGGCAUGUACAAGGGGUGAAAGUCAAACGGAGUUGGUUCUUCUAGUAUUUUUAAGACUGGUAGAGGAUGUUGCACUUUUACAAACAUUAGAAUCCAAUCAAAGAAGGAAAGAUAUAUACCAAGCACUUAACACCAACAUGGCUGAGAUUUUUAGUUUCUUUUUAAGAUUAAUGGAACAACAUUUUUCUGAGUUUCAAAAGAAGAAUAGUUUAGGUUGUACUUCUGAAGCAGCAGCGCAUAGUAAAGUUGUACAGGUUGUAUUGUCUACGUUAACUGGAUUUGUGGAAUGGAUCUCGAUCACUCAUGUUAUGGCAGAGGAUGGUAGAUUACUUCAGAUAUUAUGUCUUCUGUUAGGAGAUCCAAUAUUUCAGUGUUCAGCUGCUGAAUGCUUAUUACAAAUUGUAAAUCGUAAAGGGAAAGCUGAAGACAGAAAACAGCUAAUGAUUUUAUUUUCUGAAGAUGCUUUAAGAUAUAUUUAUACAGCAGCAACUAUGGCACCACCUGUUACUGGAACAAAUGAGAUUCAUGAAAAUCAUUAUUUGUUUUUAAAGAAGCUUACACAGGUGUUAACUGGUAUGGCAACUCAACUAUGUACACUUUGGGGUAAAGAUGAUAGUUCCAGCAUUCGUCCUACGCAUUUCAACAUAUUUUUAGAUACCGUACUAACUUUUACCAUGUAUUCAAGUUUAACAUUAACUCACAUGGCAAACGCUAUUUGGAUAAUGUUGUUUAAACACGAACAGAUAAAACAAGAUCCGUUAUUAUUAACUUAUGUACCGAAAUAUGUAGAAAAUACGGCGCCAAAAUUAAUAAAAAUAGCGUAUCCACAAAGUAGGCAAAGUAAUGGAAUGAGUGCAUAUUGUCUCGCAGAUUACGAUUCGGUAGAAGAGUUCAAUGUUUUUCUUCAUCGAUUUAGAACCGAUUUAUUAGAAGGCUUUAGACAGGCAACAAUGAUAGCGCCUUUAGUAACAUUUACCUAUGUACAGCAAUGGUUAACAGCUAAAAUAACAAAGGGAAUGGCGGAUCUUCGAUAUCAAAGUGACCAAAAUGAUCCACAGUACCUUGAAUGGGAAGCUCUUGCACAAGCUUUGGAUUCUGUGGUAUCUAGAAUUCUGUUAAUCAAUGAACGACCAAGCGUACAAACUGGCCUUCAAUUGUUGGAGCUAUGCCUUGGUUAUUCCCCACAAGAUCCUUGGCUAUUAUCAGCACUACUUUCUUGCAUCAGUGCUCUGUUUGUGUUUUUAUCGAUGUCAACUGGUUCAAUAACUAUGCCAGGAGUUUCUAUCUUGCCCAGAGUUUUGGAGAAGAUCUUUGCUGCCCUGGUAUUCGAAGCGCCUGGUGAAACAAAGGGUACUCGAUCUAGAGCAGCAAAGAAUGUGAGGCGACAUGCAGCCAGUUUGAUGGUCAAGAUCAGUUUAAAAUAUCCACUGUUACUCCUCCCAGUUUUCGAGCAAAUACAUACAAUGGUUCGUGGCCUGGCAAGAGAACCUAGCCCAUUAUCCAAGAUGGAGACAACUUUACUUUAUGAAGCACUUUUACUGAUAUCAAAUCAUUUUUGUGAUUAUGAAAGACAAACUAGAUUUGUUGCUGAGAUAAUUGGUGAUGCAUCAGCAAAAUUUAUUACACUUGGAUCUGAAUCGUUCAAAGGACCAUUAGAAUUAAUGAGAUUUGUAGGAUUAGAUCGACCUCCAGCUGAAAACAUAACGGAUGAUCCAGCGGGUCAAAAUCGAAGUGACUUAAUGAUUUGCAUUUGUACGAUAUUGUGUGUUGUGAAGCGGUGUAGUAUACCAGAUGAUCCAGAUCGUGCUGCAAGAGGCAGUUUUGUUGCUGCACUUAGUGAAAGUGGAAAUCCAGUGUACAGAAAUCCUGCUACACCACAUGUGAUCCCAGUACUGCCCACACUUUUUGCGUUGCUCAGAACCAUGAAUGCUCUCUUCACUCCUUCUGCUUUAUCAGCCUUGUCCGAGGGCUAUAAAAAUGCUCAUGAAUUAUUGGAAGUGGAGAAAGCAAAUCUUUUAGGUUUAAAUACAGCAAGUGAUAACACUUCUGAACCGGAUCAAUCUUCUUUUACCGCUUUAGCUCGAAUGCAGUCGUUUCUCACUACUAUUCACGACCUCUGCUAUCAUAUGCUGGGUAGUGGAUGCCAUAUGAUUGGAAGAGAUUUCUAUCAAUUACCCGGUUUAGCACCAGCGCUUAUCAAUUCGGUUUUCUCUAACAUGGAGAUGAUUCCUGACUAUAGAUUACGACCAAUUAUACGUGUUUUCAUGAAGCCAUUUAUAUAUUCUUGUCCACCUGCAUUUUAUGAAAGUGUUCUUGUACCUGUAUUGGCUCAUGUUUCUACGCAUAUGUGCCAUAGAUUAAGUACCAAGUGGCAGUACAUUGCACACCUCUAUGAAUCUGGUGGUUUGGACGAGGAAAAUACUGAUACGCAAGAAGUUAUCGCUGACAUGUUAAAUCGAAAUCUGACAAGAGAUUUUGUAGAUGUGUUAAAAGUAGCCCUUGUCGGCGGUGCUGCUAGCGAUGCAACACCUCCUGAUACUAUGGAACAGGAUAGCGGAGGUAUGGCCAUUGAUCCUCCGUCAUCACGAGGAAACAGUAUAGUCGCUGAAGUUGUUAGCGAAUUGGGAGCUGUUGUCCUUCGACAUCCAUCGACGUGUCACAGUGUGGUCCUGUGCGUUUUAGGGGCUUUGGCUUGGAAUGAUUCCAAUGCAAGUUUAAAAGCUACAAUGUUAACUGGGCCAGUAGUACGAGCAUUAGCAGCUGAUGGCAGUUUAACACCUGCUAUGGCUGCUCACAUUAUGGUAGCUAUUCUUCAAGGUCUACAACUUCAUGGACAACACGAAGCUAAUCAAGGUUCCUUGAUAACGUUGGGCGCACAAGUUUAUGAAUGCCUACGACCUAAGUUCCCUAAUAUUAUCGAAGUGAUGCAACAAAUUCCUGGUGUUAAUCCUACAGACCUACAACGUUUCGACGAAAAAAUGUCGGUGAUUAGUACCAAAGGAAAUAAAGUUGAAAAGGGAAAGAAAGAUCUAUUUAAGAAGAUCACGAACCAACUUAUUGGACGUAGUGUUGGCCAGUUAUUUCGUAAAGAAGUUAAAAUAGACAAUUUGCCACGAAUAGAAGUUUUUGGGAAACAGCAGGCUGUACGCGUGGAUGAAAUAUCCGAAAAUGCGACUGAUAGUGGUUUUGCAGCUUUAUUUGCUGGGUCUACGUAGCAGAAACUACAUCUAGAUGACAAUAUUGCGUGCACGUGGGUUAAACUGAUAAAUAGUAAUAAAUCAUCGUAAAAGCGAUUUCCUAUUAAGAAGAAAGAAAGAUUAAACUAUCUGCAUGAAGGGAUCCUGUAACUAAAAUAAGAGGACUUCAUAGAAUAAGUCUAUUCGAGCAUUUUCUUUUCAUUUUUAAAUUAUUUGUGAAGUUAAACACGUGUACACAAUUUGGUGAUGCGAGUAUCGACGCAUCUGUUAGAAAUAAAGGGAUAAAAAUUGAAAUGAAAGUACGCUUACGCACGCAUUUAACGUCAACUGUGAAUAAUGUGUAAAAAAAGAAAUUAAACCAGUGUUAUUUGUGAAGCCCUCCUAUUUUUGACCCGGGACUUCGACCUAUACAGAAAACAUUUUGUCUUGUGAGUAUGCAGAGUGUACACGCACACGCGUGUGUAUGUAUGUAUGUAAUGUGUGUGUAUGGUGCGUACAAUUACGCACGUGUAACAUAAGACAUUCGUCGCUAAAGAACAUGCAACACAUGUAAUAAGACAAAUUUUAAAUGGAUAUUAAGUAUGUUUUCCCGAACAAUUGUAUAUUAAGUCUCA